UCUAUCUAUCAUCUAUCAUCUAUUUACCUAUCAUCUAUCUAUCUAUCAUCUACCUACCGACCCACCUGAGUAUCGAUCUCUAUUUUUAAGCCCACACCCAUUUGUUCUGCCAAUAGAUUCAUGGGUGUGAACUCAUUCUGCAGUGUUUGGCAUAGGAUACUAAGGAAAACUGACUUUUCUGUUCCCUGUCCAUAGCUCCUGAGCCAGCUGGAGCUCAUGAGCCCCUCCCCCGUCCGUGAGAAUGUUGACUGCCUUGCUCUUGGGAGGCAACUGUGCCUGCUGUGAGUUCAGAAGCACAGCAGUCCCGUCAUGUCGGGGAGAUACUGCUUCGCUGCUGUCCUCCCAGAUCUCUGGAUCUUACAGUAUUUCCUUCCUAUUCUCCGCCUGGGUGAGAAGAGCCACGCUUAAGCCCCUGGGAACCCAGGCAGCCAAGGGGAGACUUGGGAGGGGCUUUCUAGGUCCUGCCUGACUCCUGGAGAGCUAGGGAAACACCUCAGAGAUUCAGGACACCAUGGAGCAGGUGGAACAGGGGAGGGAGGAAGGGGGACAGCAGCCAAAGCACCUGAGUGAACCCAGAAGAUUCCACUCUGGAUGCCAAGGGGAGGCCUGGAAAUACUCAGCAUGAGAUUCCCAAAAGGCCUCUGGUGGGCCAAGGUCCCCAGCCUGCACACUACUCCCUCUGUGAUGUCACUGAACAGUGUGACGUCAUCAGAGGCUCUGGAAACACUAACAACCCCUGGGAGCCUCACACCUCAGUACCAUCUCAGAGGGGCCCAAGGAAGCCAGGCCAUGAGACCUUAGGCCAUGUCGAAACGUGACAUCGUCCUCACCAAUGUCACUGUUGUCCAGCUACUGAGGCAGCCAUGCCCGGGUGAGGAGAGCCUUUUGAUCAGACCUCCUUGUCCUCCUCCUCCUUGUCCUCCUCCUCCUCCUUGUCCUCCUCCUCCACCUCCACCUGAGCCCAAAGUUGAGGAGCCACCACCCAAGGUCGAGGAGCCACCGCCACCACCACCGCCUCCACCCCGGGUAGAGCCAGUCAAAGAGGUUCCACCACCCCCUCCACCACCACCCAAAAAGCCACCAAAAGAGCUGACAGUGGGCAUCAAUGGAUUUGGACGUAUUGGUCGCCUGGUUCUGCGAGUCUGCAUGGAGAAGGGUGUUAAGGUGGUGGCAGUGAACGACCCAUUCAUUGACCCAGAAUACAUGGUAUACAUGUUCAAAUAUGACUCUACGCAUGGGAGAUACAAAGGAAGUGUGGAGCAUAAGAACGGACGACUAGUUGUGGAUGACCUUGAGAUCCAAGUGUACCAGUGCAAAGAUCCCAAAGACAUUCCUUGGAGUUCGGUAGGGAGUCCCUAUGUGGUGGAGUCUACAGGCGUAUACCUGUCCACAGAGGCGGCUUCGGCACACAUCUCAGCCGGAGCCCAGCGUGUAGUAGUCACUGCGCCCUCCCCCGAUGCGCCCAUGUUGGUCAUGGGUGUGAACGAGAAGGAGUAUAAUCCUGGCUCUAUGAACAUCGUCAGCAAUGCAUCCUGUACCACCAACUGCCUGGCCCCCCUCGCAAAGGUUAUUCAUGAACGCUUUGGGAUCGUGGAAGGGCUGAUGACCACAGUGCAUUCCUACACGGCCACUCAGAAGACAGUGGACGGGCCGUCAAAGAAGGACUGGCGAGGUGGACGCGGUGCUCACCAGAACAUCAUUCCAUCCUCCACCGGGGCUGCCAGUGCCGUAGGCAAAGUCAUCCCAGAGCUCAAAGGGAAGUUAACGGGAAUGGCAUUCCGGGUGCCAACCCCAAAUGUAUCUGUUGUGGACCUGACCUGCCGCCUGGCCCAGCCCACCUCCUACUCGGCUAUCAAGGAAGCUGUGAAAGAGGCAGCCAAGGGGCCCUUGGCUGGCAUCCUUGCUUACACAGAGGACCAGGUAGUCUCCACGGACUUUAUCGGCGAUCCCCAUUCGUCUAUCUUCGAUGCUAAGGCUGGCAUUGCCCUCAAUGACAACUUCGUUAAACUCAUUUCCUGGUACGACAACGAAUAUGGCUACAGUAACCGGGUGGUCGACCUCCUCCGCUACAUGUUUAGCCGAGAGAAGUAA